GUUUUGUGUCACAGCCAAAGCUUUGACUUGGCCAUGUUACCUUGGCUUUCUUCGAAUUAAGGGGCCCAUAAAAGCAUAACAAAAGCAAGUUGGUGUGCCAUUGUAUUUGUGCCUAUAAGCUAACUUCCUUUCUUUCUGUUUAUGUUUCUCUCUCUGGUUCCUCCACUUGUCCAUAAAUUCUGUCAUUGAUGUUUUGAUAACAAAUUUAUAUAAUAACCCAUCUGCCUCAUUUUCAAUUUUUUCUGCUCCCUCAACUGUGGAUUUUGUUUUUCUUUUCUCCAAAUUCUUUUUUUCUUUACAGUAUAUGCAAUUCUGGGUUUGUCACAAUUUCCAUGGCUACUGAAAGAGAACUAGCUGUUAAAGAAAAUAAAGAAUGCAUUUUUACCAUCACAGCCGAUUCUCCACUCCCAAAGAUUGGAAAUUCACCUGAAAUAAGUGAAGAAACUCAGUCAAGUUUAGACAAUUCAGGUCAACAUCUUGUUUUACAGAUACCAUCUAGGGAUAUUGAGGAUGCUAGAGAAGAGUUUGUAAGAAUAAACAUGAACACACAAACUCCAAGUCCACCUCCCAGAAGAGUGAACUUUUCCCCAUUACCUAGUCCUAGUUUUGGCAGACAUACUAGGUCCCCAGGCCCCUCUUCAUCUAAAACUAAAUCAAAUAUGAAAAACCUUCUUCCAAAACUAAGUUUUAAGAAUCGAAACUCUAGCUCUGAGAUUCAAAAAGCUGUUCUUCUAGCUCUGGAAAGCUCACCAGAAGAGAGACAAGAGAAGAGAACAUUCUCAAGAACUUUGUCCUUGACAAAGCUUUUCACUCCCAGAUCGAAAAAUACUUCAUCAUUGCCAGUAACACCUAUUGCUCAUUCGAAUCCGGAGUCUAUGCAUGGAGGAAACAUGACUGAGUUGCUAUAUCUGGUUAAAGGAGGGACACGAAUACCUAUUCACCGUUCGCAUUCUGUUCCUGUCCUUACCAAAGAUGGAAGUGUAUCUCUACGUGGUGUUUUUCGAGUAAUUCCUUCCACUCCACGAGCCUCAGAGAAGACCGUCUUGACAGCACCUAGCACGCCCCAAAAAGAUGACAGUGAUGGAGGUGAUGAUGGUGGUGAAGAUAUCCCUGAAGAAGAAGCUGUGUGUCGAAUCUGCUUUGUUGAGCUUGGUGAAGGUGGCGAUACACUUAAAAUGGAAUGUAGCUGUAAAGGCGAACUUGCUCUGGCCCACCAAGAAUGUGCAAUAAAAUGGUUCAGCAUCAAAGGUAAUAAAACAUGUGAUGUGUGCAAGCAAGACGUUCGGAACUUACCUGUCACGCUUUUACGAAUUCAAAGUUCUCGGGGUGUUAACUUACGAGGAGGUAGAGCUCUGCAUGCGGAGGUUACUCAAUACAGGGUUUGGCAAGAUGUUCCCAUUCUAGUCAUCGUCAGCAUGCUUGGCUACUUUUGUUUUCUUGAGCAACUUCUGGUUGGAAAAAUGGGUUCAGGUGCCAUUGCCAUAUCUCUUCCUUUUUCCUGCAUAUUAGGCCUUUUGGCAUCCAUAACAGCGACCACAAUGGUGAGGAGAAAACAUGUUUGGAUUUAUGCAUGUAUUCAGUUUGGAUUGGUGGUCCUUUCUGCUCACCUUCUCUAUUCUUUGCUUCAUAUGCAAGGAGUUCUAUCUGUUCUGUUAGCUACAUUUACCGGAUUCGGGGUUACUAUGUGUGGGAAUUCUAUACUUGUCGAGAUUUCAAAAUGGAGAAGACAACGACGCUCUCAGGCAAACCAACAGCAGGCUUCCGUAGAAACAUCUCAGAUGGAUCAACUACCUGCAACCCCGCCACAAAUACAGACAAAUAAUCCUAACCUCGAUGAAAAUCAUCGGCAUGGAGAUUCAGAAGCUAUUCAUGGCAAUUGAUUUGAAUAAUACUUAUCACAUUCAUUAAAAAUGUCAUAAAAUAGUAACAUAACAAUAGUGUGCUCUUCUGUAAAGAAAGUAUACAAACGUUUGAUGGUGUACUAGUUUAGGAGCUUAAAUUAACUGUGUAUUUUCUUGGCUUGGUCAUAUGAUAUAAAAUAUUAGAGUUCAAAGCA